AUGAUUUACACUACCAAAGUUGCUCUUAGUUUAUUGGCUGCUUUAGCCACUAUUACCGAAGCUGCCCCAGUUUCCAAGAAAUCCAAGGUCGCCCCAGUUGCCAUUGACUUCAAGGUUAUUAAGGAAAACACUUUUAAAAAAUACUCCAAAGACACCAAGUUGCCAAAAUCUCAAGGUUACCGUCUCAUUGAAAACUACCAGAACACUCACAGCAUCACUAUUCCAAAUGAAGGUAGCUAUUUCUUGGCUCAAUUGAAGAUCGGAAGUGAUGACCAAGAACUUGGUGUAAUUGUUGACACUGGUUCCAGUGACUUGUGGUUCCCAUCUAAAUCCAGUUGUGAGCCAAGUAAAACCGUUGAGCAUGACAGCACUUUGAGUGGCUUGCCAGCGGAAUCUUCUUCUUGUCCAUUGGCUUAUUAUGCUUUAUUUAUUUUCAAUAACACUUUACCUGAUAUAUUUUGUACUGUGUAA